CUGGUGUCGUUAGCAAGUGGGAAGUAUGGCGGCGGCAAGGAGCGAGGCGGCUCCGUUGGCUCUGGGAGCCAGGGAAGGUUCAGUAGUUAAUUGGUCAGGCCAGGGGUUGCAAAAGUUGGAUCCAACAUUACCCUGUGAUGCUGACAUUCAUACUCUAAUUCUGGAUAAAAACCAAAUAAUUAAACUGGAACACCUGGAGAAAUGCAGGAACUUAAUGCAGCUGUCAGUAGCCAACAAUCGACUUGUAAGGAUGAUGGGUGUGGCAAAGCUGACUCAGCUCCGGGUACUAAACUUGCCUCACAACAGUAUUGGUUAUGUGGAGGGGCUGAAGGAUCUGGUGCACUUGGAAUGGCUAAACCUGGCAGGAAAUAACCUUAAGACCAUAGAUCAGAUCAAUAGCUGCUCAUCUCUUCAACAUCUUGAUUUGUCAGACAACAAUAUACCUCAAAUAGGAGAUCUCUCCAGGCUUUUGUCUCUAAAGACUCUGCUGCUGCAUGGAAAUAUUAUAACCUCACUUCGUAUGGCACCUGUUUGCCUACCUCAAAGUCUGACUAUUCUCUCUUUGGCAGAAAAUGAAAUCAGAGACUUAAAUGAGAUUUCUUUCUUGGCUUCCUUUCCUGAGUUGGAGCAGUUGUCAAUCAUGAAUAACCCUUGUGUGAUGGCCACACCUUCUAUUCCUGGAUUUGACUAUCGGCCAUAUAUUGUCAGCUGGUGUCUGAAUCUUAAAGUUCUGGAUGGAUAUGUGAUUUCUCAGAAAGAGAGUUUGAAAGCAGAAUGGCUUUACAGUCAAGGUAAAGGACGAUCAUAUCGACCUGGCCAGCAUGUUCAGUUAGUCCAGUAUCUGGCCACUGUUUGUCCUCUUACCUCUACAUUUGGUCUCCAGACUGAAGAGGAUGCCAAACUGGAAAAAAUACUGAGUAAGCAGAGGCUCCACCAGAAGCAGCUGAUGUACCAAAGCCAAAAUGAAGAGCCGCCUACAUCCUCUACUCCCAACAAAGUGGUGCCUGCUAUAUAUGAACACAACAGUCCAAUCCAAGGGCCCCAGAUAAUUCUUGAAAGUGAACCUGUUAUCCAAAGGAAUUCUUGGGUUGGACCAGGCUCCAGUGAUGACCAUUCCUACGCAGUUAAGAAUGUCUUUCCAGCUUCAGUGCAAGCUGAAAGAAGCUGUCGCAAGGAGCUGUACCUGGAGGAUGUACAGACUGACGAGGACAAAUUGAACUGCAGCCUUCUGUCCUCAGAGUCUACUUUUAUGCCAGUUGCUUCAGGACUGUCUCCAGUAUCUCCCACUACAGAAUUAAGGCUACAUGGAAUCAAUUUGAACCUAGAAGAUGAUGAUAAUACGGUGAUUGUAUUUGUGAAAGAGGUCAAUAAAGUUGAGGAUGAUAACAAGCAGGAAAAGACUUCUUGGAUUACAAAAGAGUGUUCCAUCAAAGCAGCAGAAACUGUGGAAACUCAAGAGGAAGAUAAUGAGGAUGGAAUAUUGACUUCCCCAUGUCCAGCAACAGUCACUGCUAACCCAACUGCUAGUAUUAAUGACUGUUUAGCAUCUGUUGACCAAGUUCUGUGCAGCCAUCUCAAGCCACCAUUAACGGAUGAUGAACCAUUAAUUAAAAAUCUUUAUAUUGACCAAACUAUAGAGAGAAAUUCUAUUGAUGCAUCAGCUGCUGUUGACCAAGAUGCUGAACUUCAAAGAAUGAACAAAGCGGCCACCAAGCUUCAGGCCUGCUGGAGGGGAUUCCACACCAGAAACUACCAUUCCAGAGCCAAGGAAGUGCGUUAUGAAAUUCGGCUAAGCAGAAUGCAAGAGCAUAUUGUUUUCUUAACUGAUGAAAUAAGAAAAUUAAAAAAAGAAAGAGAAGAAGAAAGGAUUCAAAAACUUGUACAAGAGGAGGCUGUCAGAUACCUUUGGAACCAGGUUAGAUCCCUUCAGCAGUGGCAACUUUCAGUGAACCAAAACCUUAGCACUUGGCAGCAUGGUGUUUCUGCAUCAAGUACUUUGUGUCCAUCCAAACAAUCUGUCCAGUCAUCCAGGCUCAAUCAAGAAACCUCUCCUGUUGGUAGUUCUACCUGGUUGGUUUCAGCUACUGAAGCUCUUCAUGAGAAAACUUUACCUGAGUUCCCAGACUCUGGCUUUCACUCCUCCAUAACUGACCAAACUCAUGUUAAUGACUCUCAUGGCUCUGAAAAGAGUUCCACAGAAGGAAGUGAGAGCUCUCUGAUUGGGAAUUCUAUAGAAACAGUCAAACAGUGUGGCGAUCCUGUCUCAGAAUGUAUUUCAGAUACAGAGGAUGUCCAGGCAGACCAUGAGGAAUGGAGUAAAGAGAGCUCAAAUAGUGAGCAGGACAGUAGUCUUCUCCAAGAAUACUUGUUGUCAGUUCAGCAGCUAGAAGAGGCUGAUAACCAGACAAGUUGCAGUGAUGGGACAGAAAGGAGUAGGCCACAGACAGCUGCAUCAGCAGAAAAACCGUAUUCUUUGUCUGAUGCUGUUUCUAUAAAUGUCUCUCAAGACGUACCUUCACCUGCACAAAAUGAAAUUAAUCAGACACCAGAAAGUUGCAAAUUGAAUUCAGGAGUAGUGGAAGGGAAGCAAACAGAAUGUGAUGCUUCAUUUCAGGUGCUGCCUGUUGGCAUAGCUGUGUAGUAGGCUUAGCUCCAUGGAAAAUUAGGGAAUACAGUUAUAGUUUGUUUUUUUGCCAUUUAUACAGAAUUUGUAUUCUUUUCAUAUAUUUUAUUCUGGAUUCCUAGACCCAUGUUACCAGAAAGGCUUAACUUUUAAUAGCAUCUUGCUAAAUCUUCUAAUUGAAUGUUGAUGCUAACUAUGCUAAACUGAAAUGAGCAAAGCUCUCUGGUGGACAUUACGCACUUUAUUUCUUAAUGACUCUUGUAUCUUAAUAACUGGUUUUCAUAAAAUAUAAUUCAAAGGAUUAUGAUUUUUUCCUAUUGGCUCAAUUCAGCUAAAGUACAUAAGUCUUAGUAAGUUUUUAUUUUUCCUAAAAGUCAGAGCUUGAGUUUAUGUUCUGUAAAAAUAAGGAAACAGCAUGGGGAAAGAUAGAAAUAGAGGAAGAAUGAAGACUAUCUGUGCAUGUAUCGGUAUAAACUGACAGGAAAAAGGACAACUCAAGAAUCCCUUGAGUUUCUGUGGACCCGAACUUAGAUAUCUGUCAAGAUUUUCAAAAGUAAGUGCUCUAAAACUAGAAUCCCAAGUUACUGACAGGACAAGUUGCAAGUGAUGGGGCGGUAGGCCCGAGACAGCUGCAUCAGCAGAAAAACAAGAUUCUUUUAUGUUUUCUUUUUAAAAGACAAUUGAAACUCCUGAGUGCUCUGCACCUUUGAAAAUAGGCCAUUUAUUUAGAAGCUUAAAUAUGGACUUAGGAGAGUCAAACUUUAGGGAUGCAUUUUUAAAACAAGUCUUGACCCUUGUCUCCCAUACGACCCAAUCGUGCUGUCCUUUCUCAGGUAAGACUCAUGCUAGAGUCAAUGGCAGUAUUUCGUGAGUAAGGGCUCCAAAAGGACCUAGUGACAUAAGCAUAUACAGUGUCCCUCUCUGCCAAGUGAACCGCAGCAAUGUGUGUAGGAACAAGAUGAAAACAUAGUUCUGGAGGGAGCCAUACUGGUGUGGUUAAAGUGGGAGGCUUGAUGACCUGAUUAGAAGUAUUGAACCUCCACAAGGAUGGCCCUGUUAUCUGCUGGUAUCUCAGGUGUAAAUAUUAGGAGGAAAUUCCAUGAGUUGAAACUGUUUUCUGCCCCAUGUUGUUUUUUUUCCCCAUGUAAAGGAGCAUUAAACAUUUGACACUAAUUGGUUUUAAAUAUUAAUUGUAAACCUGUGUGUGUCUGAAUGUGCUGAUUUAGUUUUGCUACACCUUCCUUUUAAACUCUGGGGAAGCAGUGACAGCAGAUAAAUUAUAAAUGGCAGUUAGGCAUAAUGCAGACCCCACUUUAUCCUGUUAUACCUCAUUCAGGGAAAUAAAAUAAUCUUCAGUAUGGCACAAAAGUAGCAAUAGAAAAUUAUUGUGCCAUGUAAUCGGGAAAGGUCAUCAGUAAAAUAAAAAAAAUCAGCAAAUGCACUGUAAGGCUGAACCUCCAGAUCACUAGUAUUGCAUUUUGCAACAUGAGCGAUCGAUGCUUUUUGAAUUAUUUGUGUGAAUUUCUCUGAGGUCAAUGCAACUAAUCACAUGAACAAAGAUAGUUUUCACAAGGUCAGCUAUUGCUUCUUUAAAUGUAAAGUGAUUUUUCCAAACAUGUCACCCUGUUAAAUUCUGGAGAUUAUUAUUUUUUAAAGGCCUUCAUUCCCGGUCCCUAUUAGGUCCUGAGGAUGGAAUUCACCCCUGUGCAGACAGCUGGCAGAAGGCCAGCGAACCGCUUGAGUCCCCAAAAUAGAGCUGAAGUGGAACUCAAGUAGUGUAUGGGCCUUUUACCAGCCCUGUGCACAGGUGUGAAGUUCACCUUGACAGAAUAAAGCUUAUCUUUAUAUAUAGUACAACCUUCUUUUUUUCCAAAAGUCUUGGGGGAUGUUAUAUAAGUAUUGGGUAAUCUGGGAAUUCUUGUUGUAAUUAAGAAGCUAGGGCACUUGACUCUAUUUUGAAUGAGAACAUUUAGAUAAUUGAGGGUGAAGUAUAUUAAAUAUACAUCUUGCCACCUCAUGCUAGUUAAAAUAUAUCUGUAGUGUAAUUGGGUUGGCAUUUAGUUGAUCUAAGGAGAUGUGAGAUCUUUACUUCCAUUGAAAUCAAUGGCUGUU